AUGUUGCCUUCUGAAAAUCCUUUGGUUCAUUUGAAUACUGGACGAAGUGUGAUCGCUGAAGAAUCACUAUCUUCUCAAGAUAUAGAAGAUACAAACAGUCCUGGAUCCCCAACAACUUGUACAGAUCAACAAAAUCAAGAUUUGAAGACCAACUCUUUUAUUUACGAUAAUGUAUCGGAUGGUCAACCUAUCAAUAAUAAUUCGUUAAUUUCCGGAUUUAAUAUUAGUUCGCAAUCUGGUUUUGCUUUCAAACAAAUUUUGAAUUGGAAUCUUUCUGCAAAUUCGAAUCAAGUUGUUAAUGAAGCUGGCUCCGAAAAUAAUAAGAAUAUUGUUUCUGUGAAUGAUGAUGACGUGGAAAACUUGAAUGAUUUAGCUGAAUUCAUUCCAGGAUUAUACCGUUUAUUAGAUUUGUGCAAGGAUGAUGGAUCCAACGGAUUAGUUGACAAAAUUAUUAUUUCGAAAGAAGGGUUAAAGAAUUUGUGUAAUGACUAUGUUAAAAAUAGUUUUAAAUCGAUCUCAGACAUCGAUUAUAAUCAAUUGAAUUCUUGUACCAUGCGAUUGAUUGGAUUUUAUGGAAAUCAUGUUUUAAUUGCAAAGUUAUUGCUAAACAAAGAUAUAAUCGAUCAAAAAUUAUAUGAAAUGCUGAUUCAUUCUUCUCAACAAGCUUCUAACAUCCAGGAAUCUGAUAACAAGCUGUCGCUUCGCCCAGGAAUUUAUUUCUUAAAAAUGAAUCUUGACUUAGGCUUAGUGAUUCAUUGGUCGGAAUAUGGAUGUUAUGACGAUAAUGCUUCUUCUCAACGAAAAAAGAAUAUGAUAAAUCUUCACAGAUAUGUGACAAAAUUAACAGAUUACCAAAUUUGUUUAAUGAGCGAUCAAGAUUUAAAUAGUUUUGAUUGGGAAAAAGAUAAUGAUGACGAAGUAUUAAAUUAUGAUAAUAAGAUGUGUGUUGAGUUUGAAGUUAAGAAAAGUCAAGAAGAACAAGAGGAUUUUAAAGUUUUUAACGGGUUUAACAUUUCCUUGCCAAAGAUCAUCAAAUCAGAAAUUGAAAAAUCUUAUAAUGAUGAGCUUUAUCCAAAAGGUACUGCCAUUAUAAAUUUCAAUAAAGAAUUUAUGAAUCGAUGGGGAAAAUGUUCUGUGAGAAUUGAUCGUUCAACUAUGAACAUGAAAAUGCUUGAGAUUCUUAUAAAUUAUGGAUUAAAUAUGGAUGAUUUGAAGGAACAAUUAAAUCAAUAUCAAGAUGCAUUGAAAGAAGCUAAGAAAGAAUUGGAAUCUAAGAAAGAAAAUGAAAGGCUUACUAUUCAAGAAGAUGCCAAAACUUUAAAAAAGUUAGCUUAUAAUAAACUUGAAGAAUUAUAUGGACGGCUUGAAGAUGACAUUCAUUUAAAUAUCGAGAUCGAGAAAUUCUUUUCAAAGUAUUCUGAUUUAAAGGUCAAAUUCGACGCAGCGUUAAUUAUUGAAUGGCAGCAAUUAAAGCGUAGAUUUAUUUAUGGGUCAUUAUUAAUAAGAGAAGUUCAAACACAGGCAUCUAAUAAUGAUAAAUUAGACAUCAAUGAAGUGAAUGAAGCUAUUUGGCAAACAAUGUAUAACAUGUUAACGUAUCCUAAAGUUCUUUCAUGUUCUCAAAUAUACAAAGAUUAUUUUAAACAUCUGGGACAAAAAUCAAUAAUGACUCAUAAAUUUACUUUUGAAAUACCUGAUAAUCAAAUUAAUGAGUAUGAUAAGCAAGCAAGUUCUAGUUUCAACUCUUCUGAUUCAGAAAUCAUUGAAAAAUUAUUCAGUCAAGAAUUGUGUCCAAAUAAUUCAGAACUUAGAAAAAAAAUUAUAGAUCUUUUCAGGAAUAGAUAUAACCAAUGGAAGAAUAAUAUAUUUUCAAAAGAUAUUGACAAAAUUGAACCAAAAUGGACAGACCAUAAGAAAAAAAUAACGGAAAACCUAGGAGUUGAACAUGAGACAUUAAAGCGUAAUAUAGAAAGAAAUGCAUAUGAAAUACUAUGUUCUUUAAUUGAAGCUAGAUUUCCCGAUGGUCCUUUAUUUAAGAUUAAAAAUAUAAGUAGUAAUUCAUACAUACUAUUUCGGAACUUUACGAAUUAUACGAUAAAUUAUGAGCUCGAUACUGUCCAACCAGAAAGAUUGCAAAUAACGAUUUAUGAAACUGUGCUUGAACAAGAAGAUUGUUUGAAAAUUCAAGAAGAUGAAUUUCAUAUUCCUAACCCUAAAUUAUCAACUCGUGCCAAUGGAAAAUAUGAUUUAACGACGUCGAUUAGAAUUGACAAUCCAAAAAUGUUUCGAAAUUUACAAACAGGUAAAGACUGUCUUAUUGCCGUAAAUGAAUCGAAGGGGUUAAUUGCGAUAUAUGAUUUUAGUCAUGGCAAGCUUAAUGUAUAUACCUUUGACGAAGAUCAAGUACAUCUAUAUCCACGUAAUUCAAAUAUUCAAAUCUUAGGAUGGUAUAAUAAUUCUGUUCCAGAUAUACGACAUUUUUUAUUUAUUAAGGAUACUGAGGAGCUAUGUUUUGUUGAGAAAAGUGGUCGUGCUAGAAUUUAUAAUCUUGUUAAUGGUCAAUUUCGAGCGGGCGUUUCUCAAUUUCCUUCUGAAUCCACCGCUAUUUUAAGUACACCUGAUGGUGCUUGUAUUGUCGCAUUUGUAAAAGAGCCACAAAAAUCGAUUGAAUUAUUGGAUGAUGAAAGCGCCCAUCGCCAAAUUCAUCUUACAACGUUUGAUAUUAAUAAUAGCGUAUUUCAUUCCGUAAUUGUUAAAAUAACACUUGAAAAGACGCAAUAUCGAUUUCAACAACUGUCUCGUAAGAAAUCACUUGGACAAGUUAAAUUUGAAUCUAUAACGUCGGAUAAUGAUUCCGAUGAGUCCAUAAUAAUUGGUAGUAAUACUAAUUUUACUAGAGAUAUUAAAGAAGGAGAAAAUAUUGUUAUUAUGGGUGAAAGGCAUAGAAUUACUGAAGUAAUUUCUGAUGAACGAUUAAAAUUGGCUGGAAAUAUUUCUUCCAUUUUGGGUAUCAAAUCAUGGCAAGAUUUUCGUAUUGAACCGAAGGCAAAACUUAAUGGGUUUAUAGAUUCAUAUAAAUUAAUGUUUGAAAAGUAUCCGAUCGAUAGUUGUAUUGAUAUUGAACAAAAUAGGCCACUUAGUUUACAUAUUGUUUUAGAUGUUUUACAUGAUAAAGAUGUAGACGAAUAUAGUACGAAAUUUGAAGACUACAUAUUAGAUAUGUUCAAAGAUCUAAAAAGAGAAACAAACAAGCCACAAACUAUUUUGAAAAAAUUCUCGAUAUUUGUGACAUCAUUUCAGGAGUUUGAUAUCGAAGAUUUAAUAAACGCAAAAAGAAAAAAGAUUGCAAAUGUUCAACUUGGUGAAUGGAUUAUACAGUUAUCAUGUUUAAUUCCGAUUCAAAUUGCCGUAGCGAAAAAUAAUCAAUUCCAACCGUUGCGUGAUGGUUUAUCAGAAAAUGGUCGAUUUGGACUUGAUGAUGGUUAUCGUCCUGUAGAUAGUAUAGCGCGUAACAUUUCUUUUGGAUGGUAUGAGGGGAUCCUCAACUAUUUUGGAGAUCGACAGGUUAAAGUUGUCUCAAGUAUGGGUGAGCAGUCUUGUGGAAAGUCAUAUUUAUUAAACCAUCUUGUUGGAUCGACAUUCGAUGGAUCUGCUAUGCGUUGCACUGAAGGAGUAUGGAUGUCAUUAGUUAUUACUAAAAAAUUCAUUUAUGUCGCACUGGAUUUUGAAGGAUUAAAAUCAUUAGAAAGGACUCCACAAGAAGAAUCAAUUUGCUAUCAAUCGAGAUUUGUCGUCGAUGUUCCAAAGAUUUCAAGAUGGUGCAACGUUGCAAAGCUUUGUGUCAUUAUUAAAGAUGUUCCGAAAAACGAUAGGAGUGAUGUUGUUAGAGAAUUUUAUUCUCGAUUUGAACAAUUAGUAACAGAGGAAGGUGAAGAUAACUUUAUCACUAAAAUGUACAAAGGUGGAUUAAAUAUUAUGCCAUGGCCAAUUUUUAAUGAUGCUGCUUGGUUCAAAGCACUUACUGAAGUUAAGAGCAUCCUUGAUGAACAAGAAUCAAAAUAUGAAAAUGCUCGAAUCUUUUUACAAAAUAUUAAAGUAAUCAUGGCAAAAUUGAAAGUAUGUGAUUGGGGUUCAUUGGAUGAAAACUUGGUACAAAAUAGAGUAUCCACAUUAAAAAGAUUACUUUACAAUGCUGUGUUUUUGGGUAUUGAACAAAAGGACCUAACAGUUGUUAAUUUAACCAAUCGUGAUACUGGAAAGGAAAUAGACGAUCCAAUAAUAUUUAUUUCGGAAAUAUUUGAUGAUUUAAGAGAGAAAGAAGCGGAAUUAACGCUUGAUUCCGAACUUAUUCUAUUUGAAGAAAAUACAAAUUUUAUUCACCUUUCAACUGAUUUAAGAACAUAUUUUGAAGAUAAAAUUCAGCUACGCAAGCAAAGUUCUAACGAUACUGAAUGGUUCAAUUCAUUGGAAAAAUUUUUUAAAUAUAUUAUUGAUCGUAGAAUAGUACGUGUACAAGAAUGGUUCAAUCAAAAUACUAUUAGAUUUCCUCAAGAUAAUAGUGAUAUAGUAAUUGCAAAUUAUACCUUGGAGCAAGAAAUUAGCAAACUUACAAUUUUUUGGACACUAUGUGGACUAACUUGUCAGUCUUGCGGCCAUAAGGCAGGACACGAAGGAAAACAUGCAUGCAACAAAGCUAACCAUUUAUGUGGAAAACGUUGUCAUCUUAGUGAAAAACGAAAUUGUCAAAAGAUUUGUGCAAAAAAAAUUGGACAUGAAGACGAUAAUCAUCUUUGUCAAUCUAGUCGACAUAAUUGUGGUGAACCUUGCAGUCUUAAUACUCAUACAAUUAAAGGAAGUUAUCAGUGCUCAAACAAAUGUAUUAUACCACAUGAAGUAGAACACAAUAUACAUAAAUGUGAAAAUGAGACGUGUCCAAUUCAAUGUCCUAUUAAAGAUUGUCAACGAAGAUGCCAAAGCAAUGAUCAUUUUCAUGCUUUAUCAGGUGUCAACCAUUUUUGCGGAAAUGAACAUAAAUGUCUCGAGGAUUGUGAGCAACCUGGUAUCUGUAAAGUACAUAUAGAACCUCAAAAACAGGAAGAAAUAUACCAAGGAUUAGUUCAAGACACCUCAAUUGCAUUCACAAAGUGUAGUAAAAAGAUUCCUCCCAAUGAAUUUAAACAUGAUGGUCCGCAUAUUCAUGAUAACUUUCAUUUUUGUGAUGUUAAAUGUCCAUUUUGUGAAUAUUAUUGUACACUACCUUAUGGGCACACACAAAAGCACGAAACUAAACAUGGAAACAUGAUUCAAACAGAAUUUACUUCUGAGCGUGAUGAAUUUGAAUAUGGAGGACAUAAACUAAGAAUAGGGGAUAAAGGAACAUUUUUAUUGUGUAAUCUGGUUUGUAAAGAAUUAGGUCGUCAUCGGCAUAUAGAUUAUUGUCAAAAAACUUGUAGAUUUGGAAAUCUAGGACAAGAUAUAAAACACAUUUAUGGCGAAAUCAGUCCCAAUCCAGAAAUGGAAAAGGAUUAUGUAUCUCAUCGUUUAUUUUGGGAACAUCCUUAUUCUUCUCAAGAAUUACAGGAAUUUGUUAAAUGCGAUCAUGAAUGCCGAGAUGAAAUUCAUAACAGGCCACAAGAUACUAGUAAUACAACAUUAUUUGCAAAAUCUUAUUGUGAAUUACCACUUUUCCAUCUUCCGUUAAAAGAAAACUCGCCACUUCCUAAUGGUAUGGGUUAUAUUUCACUUGAUGGACAUCAUUUCACUUGUGAAAAUCCAAGUACGCGUGAGGCUGCUUUCCAUAUUAUAUUUGCGUUAGAUCGUUCAAGUUCAAUGAAUACAGUCUCAAUUAUUCUUUUUGAUGAACAAGCAGUCGUACCUUAUGUAAAUCAAAGCUUAACGGAUGCAAAUAUUAUAAUGAAAAAUUUGGUUCAAUAUUUUCCAAGUGUAGGAACAAACUUUGAUGCAGCGAUAGAAAAAGCUGGAAACAUAAUCGAUACGAAUUUUGAUCCCACAAAAGCAAAUAUUAUUAUUUUCUUAUCAGAUGGAGGAUGCGCUAUUCCUGAAUCAAGACUUAAAAGCAUUUGUAAACAUAAUCAAAGCAAAAAAUCUCCAUUAUAUCUUUAUACAGUGCUCUUUAGCAGUAGAACUUACAGUUCGUCAUUAGAACGAAUGGCUAAGGUUGCGCAAUCCUAUCAUCCCCCUAACCCGUCAUCCGUUGCAUUACGGUGUCAAUUUACUCGUGCUAUUGAUGAAGUUAAAUUGGUUGAUCAUUUUACUAGUGUUGCGGCAAGUUUGAGAAAACAUAAACCAGCUUUAUUAAAGAGAUCGGUUUUGUAA